AUGGAUUCCACUCCGCCUUCGUUGGUUAUUACCUGCAUCCGCUCAUUACCGGUGCGGAGCCAGCUAGCCACAGAGAUGCCCAUGGAGGGGGCGCAGAUGUUGCCACGGACACUCUCUCCGUUAGCUGGGUCAACACCAUCGUACACUGCAGGGAAAAUCAUUUUGGAUUUCACUUAUCGUCGUCUCGGUCUCAUCCGUGCCGUCACCAAAGCUCUUCCACUGUACAACCAUACGGAAGAGGAGGGAUUCUUUGGUAAGCAUGACCAAGGUGCACACUCGCUGUACCUAUAUGGCAACAUUGAUGGGAGUUGGGAGUUGCGACAAUCGAAGCCUAAUGAACUACAUGGUAUCAACCUAGUGAGAGGGAAUUUGAAACACAUCAAAUGGCUGGAACACAUUGCCAUGCAUGGUGACGCAUGGCUCAUCAACAUCUCCUUCUCCCUCAGCCAACAUAUGAAAGCUAAAGGACGGGAGGACUUGUUCAAUAUGAUUAAUAGCUUUCCAACAGUACACGAAACAUUCCUUGCCAGUGAAACCUAUCACCGCAUAUGCCAUCUAGAAGAAAAGGCAAAGCUAUGUGGGCCAGUUAUUGAAAAGAACUACGAGCCUGAGAGUGAGGAUGAAGCUCUAAGUGAUCCGGUCGUAUGUUCAGUUUGUGAUGGCCACUACCAUACAAGUGCAUUCUGGAUCUGUUGUGAUAUUUGCAACCAGUGGUACCAUGGAAAAUGUGUGAAGAUUACAGCCAAAAAAGCAAACCGCAUAAAGCACUAUGAGUGCCCUGAGUGCUUCAACGAUAGGAUUGGACAUAAUUAA